UUCAUCUUGUAACGCAGCAUGCCACAGAAACAGUCAGAGAUGUCACUCUGGCUGCCACUAUCACAGCUGUUUGACUCCACUGUAUUUCCUGUGAACUAAUCUUAAACCUGUAUUUCCCUGUUUGUUUGUGUUUUUGUUUUUUUGUGUGGGUGUGUCUCCACAGAUCCAAGUGAGCAGAGAGAGCAGGGCGUACAGAGAGAGGAGCCGGGCGACACUGUCCCAAAGAAGAAGGACAGCAGGACCACCGUCCCCAACAAGAAACCAACAUUCUCUGAGGUUAUAAACCGUUGGGCGCAGCGACCACAACCAGGGGAGAUCAUCGUGAGCCUGUCUGAGGAUCAAGUAGUUAAGCCGAAGACAUCAGAGAAUGCCCUGACACCAGGCAGGAAUAGGGAAAUCCAAGCGGAACCAAAGUCAAAAGGAACACAGGACCUGUUCAAGAAGGUCCGCAGUAUCCUGGACAAGCGGACGCCUUAUAAGUUCAACCAGCUGAUGAAGCUGGUGACGGACGUGACCAUCGACACGGAGGAGCGGCUCAAAGGAGUCGUGGACCUCGUGUUUGAGAAAGCCAUCGACGAGCCCGUCUUAUCGGUGGCCUACGGGAACAUGUGUAGCUGCCUCGCCGAGCUCAAAGUGCCCAUCCCUGAUGAACCCAAUAGCACAGUGAGCUUUAUCAAGCUGCUGCUAAGUCGUUGUCAGCAGGAAUUUCAGAAAGACAACGAGGAUGAUGAUGUGGUAAUAAGGACGAAGCAGAAGAAGCUGGACUCUGCUGCACGAAAGGAUCGUCACCGACUCCUGUUAGAGCUACAGGAGUUCAAGGAUAUUAUCCGGCGGCGUUCAAUUGGCUUCGUCAAGUUCAUCGGCGAACUGUUCAAUCUCAAGAAGAUAAAGGCACCCGUCAUGCAUGACUGCAUGGUCAAGCUGCUGCAGAACCAAGACAACGUGUCUUUAGAGUGUCUGUGCAGCCUGCUCACCACCAUCGGAAAGGACUUUGAGUCAGAGGAGGCAAAGCCUCGGAUGGAUCGGUAUUUUUUCCAGAUUAAAAAAAUCGCCAGAGAGAGGAAGACGUGCAAUCGUAUACGGCUCAUGCUACAGGAUAUUGUAGACCUGAGAUUGCACAACUGGGUGUCCAAAGGAGGAGCCAAGAAAAGUACAGCAGCAACUCCACUCCAAAGACACCAAGAGACAGCCAGAUCCAAGUGAGCAGAGAGAGCAGGGCGUAGAGAGAGAGUAGCCGGGCAACACCGUGCCCGUGAAAAAGAACAGCAGGACCGCUGAAAAGAAAUAAGCUGCUAUUUACUUUUGAAGAUUUGAAAUGUUUAUUUGAAUUAAAGCUGGAACCUAAUGCAGAGUCAUGACUUGUUAAGAUUCUGCUGUAUAAUCAGAAACAUAUAAUAUUUUAUGAUUUAUACAGAUAUUGGUAAACAAGUUUCUUAGAUUUUCUACAUAUUACUGAUAAAACACUCAUAACAGGGGCAUUUGUGUUGAUUCAUUCAUGCUUCUUCCUCACCCCGGCAAUUUCACGCCCUCA